AUGAAGAAUUACUUCUAAAUAAAUGAAUAGAUAUCUUAAACAGAAAAGAUCAUUCUGCCAGAUGAUACUCCAAUGAGGAAUAAAUCUAACACCAUCACGACGAUGAAAACAAGUUGGUUAACAUUUCUUCCAUAUGCCUUUAUAAAAUAAAUUACCUAACCUGCUAAUAUUUAUUUUAUUGUUAUUGGAAUAUUACAAAUAAUACCUGCAACUUCUUAUACAAAUGGCGUUCCAACUAUUUAUGGACCUUUAGCAAUGAUGAUUAGUAUUAGUAUAUUGAAAGAUGCAAUUGAAGAAUACUCAAGGUAAGAACUCUUAUUAAAGUAGAUAUAAAUCUGACUAAGAAGAAAAUCAUCGGAAAUCUCAUAAAUAUUUUGAAAAUUAGUUUAUUGAGUGUAAUUGGAAAGAUAUUUAUUAAGCUGACAUUAUUUUAGUGAUGGAAUAAGAAAGUAUUCCAUGUGAUAUCUUAAUAUUGUCUUCAAGUUACUAAGAAGGAAUUGCUUAUGUUGAAACUAAACAAAUUGAUGGAGAGACAAAUUUAAAACAAAAAUAUUCUAUCUAUGAUUUAUAACAAAAAUACCAUAUAGAUAAUGCUAUAAAUUUUGUAUUUAUAUAUUAAUAAUCAGAAGGAAUAAAAUAACAAAGUAAAGUUUGUCUACGAUUAAAGGAAUCCGAUUCUCUAUAAACUAUCAGGAACAUAUUAAAUAAGAAACUCUGAAGUUUAAUAAUUUAAUUACAGUAACUUCAUUGAAAGAGAUUGCAUCUUAAAAAAUACAGAAUGGAUUAUAGGUUUGUGUGUUUAUAGUGGUAUGGAUUGUAAAAUUAUGCUUAACUGCUCCAAAGAAAGAAGCAAAAGAAGUAGAUUAGAAUAAUACAUGAGAAUUUGUAUUAUAUCCAUAUCGAUCAGUUUAGUAUUAUUCUGUUUAAUGGCUUCUAUCUAUGAAUUCAUAUGGACUAAAAAUCAUCUUAACUAUUCGUAUCUAGGACUUUCUAAAGAAAAUUUAUUUAUAGAUUUAGGUUUAUGGUUUUCAUUACUCUCAUAUUUUAUACCAAUAUCUUUAAUAGUAAAUGUGGAGUUAGUAAAAUUUGGUUAGGCCAAAAUGUUAGAAUCAGACAAAGUGAUGCCAAAUUCAAAAAGUCAUCAAUCUAAUUUAAUUGAAUAAUUAGGAGAAAUUAAUAUUGUUUUUACUGAUAAAACAGGUACAUUAACAAAGAAUUGUAUGUAAUUUAGAGAGUUAUUUGCUUAAAAUGAGAAAGAGGCCUUGUUAUGUUUAAGUUUGUGUCAUUCUGUUGUAAAAUCAAAAAAUAAACUAAUUGGAUCUUCUCCUGAUGAGUUGGCUAUGUUAGAUUAUUGUUAAUAAAAAGGUUAUAUAUUUUAAGGGAUAGAUAAUAAUAAUCAUCUAACAAUAAACAAAACAUAAUUUCAUCGAGUAAUAAAAUUUGAUUUUAGCAGUGAAAAAAAGAGAAUGACUAUAGUAGUAAAAACAGGAAAUGAAUAUGUAUUAUUUUGUAAAGGAGCUGAUGAAGUAUUGCUAGAGUUAAUGGGAGAAUGUAAACAUUAAAAUAUCAUCCAUAAAUUUGCAAUUCAAGGAUACAGAACUUUAAUGUUAGGCAGAAAGACUUUUAAUUAAAGUGAAAUGAACAUGUAUUUGUCAGAGUAUUAAUGUUAAAUAAUGUAUUAGGUACAAGAAGGCUUAGGAGAAUAAAGAUGAGGAAAUGAUGAAUAGAUUACAAAAGAAAAUGGAAUCUAAUUUAGAGUUUCUGGGCAUAACAGCUGUUGAAGACAUGCUAGCAGAUGAUGUUGGAUAAACAAUAUAAGAUUUAAAAUCUGCAGAUAUUAAGGUUUGGGUUCUUACUGGAGAUAAAGUUGAAACAGCAAUAGCAAUAGGAUAUUCAUGUAAUCUGAUAGAUAGUAAGGAUAUCCUUUAGGUAUUUAAUGAAGCAACGGUUGGAAAUAUAGAGGAAAUAUUUUUACAAUAUUUUAAUGAGCAAUCCAACUUUGCAUUAGUGAUUAGCGGAUAAUAAUUAUCAGUAAUGCUAGAUAAUCCAUAACUUAAAUCAAUGUUACUCAAAAAAGCUUUCUAUGCUAGCGUUGUUAUUGUAGCUAGAGUAUCUCCAAAAUAAAAGUAAUAAGUUGUAGCACUAGUUAAGGAACAUCUUCCAAAAGCAUAUACUUUAGCUAUUGGAGAUGGAGCUAAUGAUGUUUCUAUGAUAAAUGAAGUAUAUUUGAAUACCUAUGAUAGGCUCAUGUAGGUGUUGGAAUUUAAGGAGUUGAAGGAACUUAAGCUGCUAGAGCUGCUGAUUUUGCAAUAGAAGAAUUCAAACAUCUUAAAAGAUUAAUGUUUUAUUAUGGAAUUGAAUGUUCAAGAAGAAAUGCUCUUACAAUUCUAUACAUAUUUUUUAAAAAUUAAGUUUUCAUUACUCCUUAUUUUUGGUUUGGAUUUCUCAAUGGCUUUAGUGGAUAAUAUUUAUAUGAUCAAUGGUUGUCUUCAUUAUUUAAUACAGUUUUUGCUGCUUUACCUUAAGUACUAUAUGCUCUUUUUGAUGAAAUGCAUCCUUCCUCUGAGUAUUUAUAAUGGAGCAAAACUACACACAAUUUACUUGAAGAUAAACCUGAUGUCUAUGUCUAAUUCAGAUAAUAACCCAUAUUUACCAUUAUGAAAUUUUGGCUAUGGGUUUUUAAUGGAAUGGUCUAAGGUUUGAUCAUAUUUAUAGUUUGUACAUUUUCUACUGAAAAUUAAAAUAUGUAUAAUGGUAUGACAAUUGAAUUUUUUGAAGAUGGAGUCUUUAUUUAUGGAAUUGUCAUUCUUCUUGUCAAUCUCAAAAUAUUCACUUUCACUUAUACUAGUUAUAACUUCACGAUAUUUUUUAUUGUACUUUCAAUUAUUAUUUAUUGGCUGAUCUUAAUUAUAGUGAAUGAAGUGGAAUUAUCUCCCUCAUAUAAUUUCUUUAGAUACCUUGUCUCGUAUUUAUUUCAUUUAUUAUUCUAGACCAUAACUAUAUUUAGCUUUAGCUCUAACUUGUAUGCUAUUUUUAUUUGAUUUGGCUAUUGAAAGAUUAUAUGAUUUUUAGAUCUGUGUUAGAAAACCAGAAAAAAUAGAAUUAGUAUGA